AUGGUCCAAACGUACAGAUCGCCUGUACGGAUCUACAAACAUCCGUUUGAGAUCGUGAUGGCGGUGAGUUAGUUUGAAGAAACUUGAAUUCCUUUUUUUUUCACAAUGUUCCAGGCAUACGAAAUGCGAUUCCCGACGUGCCCACAGAUUCCAAUAUUCGUCGGUUCAGAGAAGACGUUCGAAUAUAAAAGUGACGACGGUGCAGAAUGGGUCAUCGACAGGAAGUGCCAGCUCAACAUCGAGGCUCCUUACCUAGUGAAAAAGAUUGCCGGAGUCGACUACGUCUACUUCUCGCAGAAGAACUCGCUUGAUCGCAGGAAGAGAACUCUUGACAUCGAAGCGACGAACAUCUCAUUCGCGAACAGAAUCGCAGUUAAAGAAAACUGUACAUAUUACGUACGAAACUCUGGUUUAACAGACUCAAUAAGCUUCUUAUUUCCAGGUUCAUGCCGAGAACGAAAACUGGACAUGCUUCGAGCAGUCUGCUUCUCUCGAUGUCAAGAACUUUUUCGGAUUGGAAUCGGCCGUCGAGAAGCUCGCUGUUCGACAAUACGGAGCCAAUUUGGCAAAAGGAAAAGAAAUUCUGGAGUUCUUUAUCGAGGAACUGCUGAAGACGACAACGCAUAUCGAGAGGUUCAGAGAUCCGGAGGAAGACGAUUCAACUUCAGCCACAGGUGAGAAGCAGGAGAAGCAACAAACUGAAAACUUCUAUGAUUCAUUGAAAUUCAAUUGUGAGUAUUCUUUUAAACUCAAUGUAUCGCUAUUGCCCCUCGGUGUUUGCAGACUCGAACCAAAAUUUCCUGAAAUUAGGUUUGAGUCUGCAAGCACCGAGAGGGCAAGAGCGGUAAAUUGAGUAUAGUUAACCGUUUUCACUGCAGUGUACUGACCUCAUCAAACCGAUUCCAGAUUCGGCGAUUGAACUGAAAGAGUCAUCUGACGGAGAUGCCGUGCUCGUCGAGAAGGCGCCGAUGCUGGCAGCAGAGUCCGAGGAGAUGAAGACUGCGCGAGCGACGGCCAGUUUUGACGACGGUUCGUUGUGAUUUCGUCCAAUUGCUGCUCCGUUUAGGCAUCCGUCUCAUCAGUUUUCUACCGUGUUCUUAGCCCGCUUUUCAUGCACUUGUGAUGUCCCCACUCGGAAACCUUCUCUUCUCCAACACUUUCAUAGUUGUAAUAGUUUUCUGUUUCUAUUAGCAUGCUUCAAUUUGGUUGUUGUGUCAGCAUGCUCAUCUAUCUGCACAGACACCUUUUAGUUCUAAUUUUCUAUCCCGGGCCGGAGGUAUCUGCUCUGUCUCGUUGUAAUUUUCAAAGUAACAGAUUUUCUGUGCCUAUACCCACAAUAAAAUCGUAAAACCCCUUGGUCAGUGCAAAGAACGAAGCGUUCCGAUGCUGCCGCCAAUCAGAAAGUGCACCCGAUUCCCCCGCGGAUAUCUUGUACUCGGCGGUGCCCACUUCAGACUGUUUGGUCUUUGCGCGACUGAGUCUCUCGGCUUCUCCCGUCUCUAGACGGGCGCAGCUCUUCGGCGAUCUCCUUGAAUCGCGAAUUUAUCGAUUCAUUAGGAACACGAUCUCCUUUCAUAUUGUUGCUAGAUAAUGCUUGCUCGAAAGUAUGAUAAAAGUGGGAAGCGUAGAAAGUCUGUCAAAUUCGUAAUUGGUUAGUUGUUAUCCCCUGCCUGCAGCUCAGCUUGAAGCACUCACAGCAUCAGUCGCAACCACAUCGCAACACACAGCAAUUUGUUACUUUUUCAGCUGAUUCGAAACUCGAGGCAGAGUACAUUCGAAGGUUCCUGGGGCAAUUGAGUCCACUGGAAGAGUCGAGACUUUGCGAAAUCAAGUACAGUCUGCAAGCACAUCAUAAGGUUUUGCCAGUUCUACUUUAAGCUUCUAAACAUUGCAUUUCAGGGCAAGCUUCCGAACGAUGCCCACUUGCUCCGUUUCCUGCGAGCGCGCGACUUCGAUGUGGCGAAGGCGAAAGACAUGGUUCAUUCGAGCAUAAUCUGGCGCAAACAACACAACGUUGACAAGAUUCUGGAGGAGUGGAGUCGCCCGACAGUUAUCAAGCAGUACUUCCCCGGAUGCUGGCAUAACUCGGACAAAGCGGGACGACCUAUUUAUAUCUUGCGACUCGGACAACUGGAUACGAAGGGAAUGCUUCGGAGCUGCGGAGUUGAGAACCUCGUCAAGCUAACUCUCUCGAUUUGCGAAGACGGACUGCAGAGAGCCGCCGAGGCGACCAGAAAGCUCGGAACUCCUAUAAGUUCCUGGAGUCUGCUCGUUGAUUUGGACGGGCUCUCGAUGAGGCACUUGUGGAGACCCGGAGUUCAGUGUCUUCUCAAAAUCAUCGAAAUCGUGGAAGCCAAUUAUCCAGAAACAAUGGGACAAGUGCUCGUUGUCCGUGCUCCGAGAGUGUUCCCCGUUCUCUGGACUCUUAUUUCUCCGUUCAUCGACGAGAAGACAAGAAAGGUUGGUUGGAGAGCUGGAGGAAUACAAUAAUAAUAAUAAUAAUGGUUCUGUUUCCAGAAGUUUAUGGUUAGCGGUGGCAGUGGAGGAGAUUUGAAGGAAGAGCUUCGAAAACACAUUGACGAGAAAUUCAUUCCGGACUUCCUGGGCGGCUCAUGUCUGACGACAAACUGCGGGCUCGGGGGUCACGUUCCGAAGUCGAUGUACCUUCCAGUUGAAGAGCAGGAGGGCGCUAGCUCAUCAGAGGACCCGUUGCACUCGACGUACACAAGCACCGCCACGUGGCGAGGAUAUCCGAUCGAAGUGGUCGUUCCCAUUGAAACUGCCGGAUGUGUGCUCACGUGGGACUUUGAUGUUCUGAAGAACGACUGCGAAUUCAGUCUGUACUUCUCAACUGAGGUUCGGAGUGACAAUAAAAUGUUCAAAAACAGUUUUUCCAGAAAAUUGAGCCACCUCCAGUUCGCGACGGAGCUCAGUCGCCGACUACUAUUCUCAAUCCCGUGGAAAUGGUUUCCGCGGCAAUCGGCGGAGCCUCUCAUCAGCACCCUGAUCUUCAGUGUGCGCCUGAGCUGAAAAUCGGUUCUCCCGAACUGACCCUGGAAGAGAAGCCCGUGCUGUUCCAGGAAGGAGAUUCCAUGCAGGUUUGUGUCCCUUUCAUCAAUUAGCAAUGAAAAUUCCAUCUGCAGGGAUCCCAUUACUGCUCUCGUGCUGGCACUUACGUACUGCAAUGGAGAGUUCCGGAAACGGGCGCCGGCAUUUCGUCCACAUUCGAUUUUGGCUCCCAUAAAUGCCGAUUCAUCUACUACUAUGAGAUUCUGAAUUCCGAAAACUUCAGGUGUGUAGGCGUGGUCUUUCCACUUGUGAUGUACUUUUUUCAGAGGGUCCGUCGCCUCUCUCGAAUCUUGCCGCUCGUCAUCGUUCAGUUCAAUCGCCCCGCCAACGCCUCCGACGCCAGGAACUCCCCGUAAUCCUUAA